CGCAGGUCCCGGCCGCGGCGGCGGCAGCAGCAGGAUGCGGGGCCCCGCGCCGCCCCCCGCUCGCCCCUAGGGCCCCGCCGGCAUGAGGAGCUCUGUUGAAGAUGCACUGGACACCAGAGCAUGCCCAGCCCCUGAACCAGUGGCCGGAGCAGCACCUGGACGUCUCCUCCACGACCUCGUCGCCAGCCCACAAGUCGGACCUCUACCACAGCAGCCGGCAGCGGUUCAACUACGCCUGGGCCAAUGACGACAUCUCUGCGCUGACGGCGUCCAACCUCCUCAAGAGGUAUGCGGAGAAGUACUCGGGGGUGCUGGACUCGCCCUACGAGAGGCCGGUGCUGAACAGCUACGGGGAUGGGGCCUUCGGGCCCAUCAACGGGCAGAAAGGAGACGUGGAGCCGUGGCCCAUGCCGCACGGCUCAGACAGCGCUUACCCCCUGAACCCCAUGCACGAUGGACUGCCCGGCUCGAAGGGGGUCGUUCCCGCAGCGGUCACCCCCGGGAACGGGCCCGUGGGGCUCGGCAGCUCCCCCGUCGUCCCCGGGAACCUGUCUGACCCCAUUUAUCCCAGUAACUCGUGUGGCGGGGCCACCACGUCCAGCGGCCUCGGGUCGUCUCAGGAGUUUAGCUCGGGCUACAGCAGUGCCUACUUGCCAUCGGGCUACUGCAGCCAGCCCACCACAGCACUUCCCCCCCCGCACCCCUCCAGCCUGCACGGCUCCGGACUCCUGCAGCCCGCGCACCCCCCCGCCGCACUGGUCUCCAGCUACAGCUCCUCCGGCCCCAUGUACAACUAUGCCUCGGGCAGCUACGCGCCGCAGCCCAGCUACGGGGGCAUCCACCCCCCGCACCCCUCCGCCUCGUACCUGCCCUCGGGCAUUGCUGCUCCCACGCCCAUCCCGCCCCCUCCGCCGUCCUCCCGGCCCCCCGUGGUGCCAGCCUACAGCUACCAGAGCUCCAGCCUGGCCCCCCUGGCGGUGCCGCCGCCGCUGGGCAGCGAUUCUGGGGGCUCUCUGAAACGAAAGGCCUUCGACAUCGCCGGCGGGGAGGAGGAGGGCGAAGGCAGGUACAGGAAAUACAGCUACGAGCAACCAAAGUCCACCCCCCAGUCUCCCUACCCCAUGUCCGACAACGGCGAAUGUAGAGGCAAUGGCUUCCGCCGGAGCACUGAGACGCCCCAGGUGCCCUUCAAGGCUGGGAAGAGGCCGGCAGGAGCGGCGACGACCGUGGCCUCGGAGGAGCACGCGGGGAAGUACAACAGUCAGCCCAUGAAGGGCCUGGUCUCGCCCCCGUACGGCGCCGGGGAGACUCCGCUGCGCUCCGGCGAGAGCUUCGACAAGUUCACGCCUCCCCUUGCCAACGGCGAAGGCGAGCAGGGCCAUGCCUUCGCCCUCCGCAUGCAGGCCAAGCCGCAGCCCUUCGGGAGCCAGCCCGGGGAGGAGCAGCCGAAAAACACAGACCCUCUGAUGCUGGAGCUGGUGAACAGCAAGAUCGUGGACUGCGGCGCCCCCGUCCAGUGGACGGACAUCGCCGGGCAGGUCUCCAUCAAGGCGGCCAUCGAGGAGGAGCUGGUGUGGCCCAUCCUGAGGCCUGGGGCUUUCACGGGGUCGAGCCGGCCGCCCAGGACCAUCCUGCUGUUUGGGCCCCGGGGGGCAGGGAAGACCCUGCUGAGCAGAUGCAUCUCCACCCAGCUGGGCUCCACCUUCCUGAAGCUCAGCGGGCCGGCGCUGCUGUCCAAGUGGAAGGGCGAGGCCGAGAAGGUCCUGCAGACGGUGUUUUUCGUGGCCAGCUGCCGCCAGCCGGCGGUGGUGCUCAUCACCGAGGUCGAGUCCCUCCUCCCGGCCCGGGCCGGCGAAGACGCCGCCCAGACGAGCCACCUCAAGUCUCAGCUGCUCUCCUACCUGGACAACGUCGCUACCUCGGCCGAGCAGAACGUCGUCGUCAUCGGCACGACCGCCCGGCCCAGCACCAUGGACGAGGCCUCCCACCGGCGGUUCGCCAAGCGGUUCUACAUCUCCCCGCCCGACAGCAUCGCGCGGCGCCAGAUCCUGCACCACACCCUGGCCCAGCAGAACUACUGCCUCAGCGAGAGGGAGAUGGCCUCCCUGGUGCAGCACACGGAGAGCUACUCGGGCAGCGAGCUGAUCCAGCUGUGCCAGCAGGCGGGGGCCACCCAGCUGCAGGGCCUGCCGGGCCAGCUGCAGCCCACCUCUUACAAGGACUUUGAGAACGCCUUCUGCAAGGUCCGCCCCGCCAUCUCCCAGAAGGAGCUGGACGUGUACGCGGAGUGGGAUAAAAUGUACGGGUCCAGACACUGACGGUGCACGGAGGCAUCGGAGAGGGGCCGGCCGGGGGAGCCGAGCCCUCGGCCGCACCUGAGACUCCGGCGGCGUCUUCUCGCCGUUGGCGUUGCUUUUAUUCUGGCUCGACCUCGGAGAGGAAGGUUUUGGGCUCUCUCUUCAUUUCCCGCGACGAUCCGCUGCCCUGGAGUCUCUGCCCCGGCCCCAGCAUUUCAGCUCCGCAACGCUUUGCCCCCCGUCUUUUCCAAGCCGAUCAGCAGGUGAAAUGCAAAAGCCUUCCCCCAAAAUCCCAUCUACAACCAAUGCAUACCUUUUUUUUUUUAAUUAUUAUUAUUAUUAUUUCAGAGUGGACUGGGUUUUUUUUGUUUUUGAAAGUAGUCGUUCACUGAACUCAGGAUAAUCUAUUUAUUAUUCGUCUACUUUCCCGUUCUUCGGUUUCUAGACCAGCAAUGGAAAGAGAGCAGCCAGGCAGAGGCGCUUGCGGUCCGAGCUCUCUGUGCUGGCGGAGCGGCUCUCCCACCUGUUUAUGGAGACCCGCUUUUUUUCUUUUUUGGUCUUUUUUUCAGCCGUCGUGUAACUAAACCAGCUCUUUUUGGAUGUGGCGCUCCAGGCAGCUUGCUGUACUGCGGUUCCCAUGCCUUGGACUCAUUCCCAAGAAGAUCUUGAUAGCCUUUCAAGCCAUCAUCAGGAAUUUAUUAUUAGGAAUAAAUGGCAGGGGAGAGGGUAGGAGGGAGGGGAAAACACAAAACUGAAGGGUUUUGGAGUAAAAAAAAAAUGUAGAUUGUUUAAUAUACUAGACCUCAUUUUUAUUUUUGUAAUGUAUGUAGUAUUUUUUUGUUUUUUCUUUUUUAACUACUCAGGAAAAAUUUUACCUCAGACAAAAAAAAAAAAAAAAAAAGAAUGUGUUUUUAAAAACUCUUUAUCGUCUCCAGAAAAAGAAAGAAAGAAAAAAACCCAGAUCUUAAAGAGUUUGCAAACUCAGUGCAAGGCCACGCCGGGCGUUUGCUUCCAAAAAAGGAUGACCGAAAGAAAGAAGAAAGAAAAAAAAAAAAACUUGAAGUUGUUACAAAGAUGAAAGUUGAAUGUAUUUCAGGUGCUUUUCACGAUAUAUUAUGCCAUAAUUUUAUUUUAUUUUUUUUUUUAAACAUUGUUAUUGUAGUGUUUGGUGGAGUAACGUGUCUUCAAAGGAAAAGAGUAUUAGUGCCGUAGUUUGAAAACUGUCCCUAGCACCACUUUUUGGACAAAUCUGGUGGUAACAUCCUCAGCUCAGUUCGUCAGAGCCGGCUUCCCGCUGCGUUCUCCGCUUCGCUUCUCCUCGGCUUUAAGUCACGUUAACCCGUGGAGAAGGCCGAGCCGUGCCGCGACCGCGCUGGGCUGCGGGCAGGGAAAGCCCCGGGCUAGCACCGCUCUCUAGCCUGGGCACUGACCCGGCAAAACCGUAUGCGCCAUGCACUCGAGGCUGCCUCUCCACAGCAAAAGUUGCACUGGUUUAAUUGGAAGAGAGCCUCAAAACGGGCGGGAUCCCUGCAGGGCGCUCCCCGUCCUGGGUAUCCCGGGCAGGUCUCCCUGCUGCCAAAAUCCGGCGGCUUUUGAAACAAGAUCAACCUUUGAAGCGGUUGGACUCGGCAGUUCAAAAUAACCCCUUAGCUCAAGCAGGUGCAGCUUCUAGGAGAAGGGCCUCCCGCCCCGAAGCCCUUGGACACCUGCAAGGGAAGCCCUGGCCCGAGUCCCAGCGGGGGCUGAGGCUGCCCUAAAGGCAAAGCGCGUGCAAGGGACGUCUGCGUUUGCAAGGCUCGCGCUUCAUAUAGUGCCCAGCCCCGCUGUCUCGGCUUCCUUUGGCUUUUGGGGGGAGGCUCCUCCAAACCGGGCAACAAAAAUGGGUCGAGGCCCCUUUUUGCCUAAACGGGAAGCGUCCCAGUCACUGUGACGAGUUGUGCGUCAGGCUUUAUGGCAGGGAGGGCACCCAGGGCUCGGCUGCUUUUGCAGCAGGGAAGACUCCUGCCUGCUUUUUGCCUCCGUGCAGCCGGGGUCGAGUUGCUAGAACCAAAGUGACCCAGAGAUUUUAGGAGACCAGCACCGUGAUCUUGAGAUACUUUCCCUCGCCUUGCAGUCGCUUUGACGAGCUCUAUGCGUCCUCUGCAGGGGACGCUGCGGCCAGGCUCAUUUGAACCGGCUCCGGUUUGCCCCUCGUUAGCGUGCACGCGUGUGCAUGCCUGCGGGCCGCUUGUUCAAACUCUCCACAUUCACUUGAUACCGCCGCAAGCACCUGGAUAGGAAGCUGGCUCUCGGGAACUGUUAAAACCGUACCUCUUUGGGCUCCUCCUCGUCCUGCCUGCCUCCAAAAAGUGGUACUGGAUGUCUGAAGACUCUUUUUAUUAUUAUCAUAUUUGACUUUGUACAUCCUCUGUAACCAUUUCUACCUCAUUUUGCAACAUAUUGUACAUGAAAGUAUUUAAUUCAUGUCUUAUUAAUGUCUGAAAAAAAAAAUGCUUUUGAGCUGUAAUGGUCUACCUCAAGAAAUACUGUAUUUUAAAAAAGAAAAGUAUUACACAGUAUUAAAGAGAUUACAUGAAAACA